AUGCAUAAAUCGGGAAAAAGAAGUGCAGCUUUACUUUUCAAAGAAUUAACGUCUAGUCCUAACCGAGCUUUAAAAAUGCGAAAAUCAUUAAAAAAUACUAAUAUAAUAUCUCUUCCAAUACCUUACUCUCCCAACGAAGCUAUGGCAUUUAUCAUGGAUAAUAAUUUAACAAAAAAACAGUACACAAACAUUCGAAUCGGUUCUAAAGCUCGAAAUUCAAACAUUUAUCCGUCAUAUGACAAAGUGCUUAUAGCAAAAAAACAAUGUUACCCAAAUUAUGUCAUUAUAACUGAAUGUAGUGCCGAAAUACCACUUCAAGAUUUAUUAAAUCACACUGCCCAACGUAUUCUGCAAAUUCCUAGUGUUCAAAGUAUGAAUAUUAAAAUAGAAAAGUGUGAAUUACUCUCUAAAUGGGGGUGUGAUGGAAGCAAUGGCCAAUCACAGUACAGAAUAAAUUUUGAUUCAUCUACUAAACAAUCGGUGACAGAUAGCGAUAUGUUUAUGUUUUCUUUUGUACCAUUGCAAAUGAGUUGCACGAUUGAUGACAACAAAUUUAUUAUUUGGAAACUUCUUCAACAAGAUUCUGCAGACCUAUUAAAUUUUUAUUAA